AUGUAUCACAUUAAGACAGCCAAGCCCGACCUCUUAGUCACCGCUGGCAGAGCGGAACUCCGCUUUUCUUCCUCCCAGCUGACCCCUUCCUCUUCAUCCUCCCAGACCUUCCAGCGUCCCACCAGCGCUGCUGGGGCGGGAUGGAGCCCUCGCAGCCUGCGGCACGGGCGGGCACGGCGGGCGAGCUGCCGCCCUCGCCCUCCCCUUGGCCACACGCCCCUCACAGCGGCGCGGGGAGCCCGAGAGGCGCUGCCCCGCACGGAGCCGGCCCUGCACCGCCCGGCCCCGCAGGGAGCGCUGGGGGCUGCCCCAGAGCCCCGCACGGAGCCGGCCCGGCGCUGCCGGGUCCCGCUGCCGCUCCGACCCGGGCCGCCCCCGAGCAAAACCGCCCCUUUCCCCGAGCGGGACACGAGGGCCGAGCCGCCCGGCCCGGUCCAGCCCAGCCCCGCAGCCCCGGGCUCACCUCGCCGAGAGCGCGGCUCCGUCCCGCAGCGCCGCCACCGCCGGACGGGACCGAGAUGUCCCUCCGGGGCCGCCCCUCAGCUCAGCUCGGGUCGGCUCGGGAGUUUGCGCUCUACCCCGCAGGCAGGGAACCCGAGCCGUCCCAGCGCUGUCUCGCUCGAGUAG